CGGCGGUCGACUCCGGUAGCGGCGGGGCGGGAAUCUGGUUUCGGGGUGCUCGGAUCCAUGGGAUCCCUCGGCUUCGAGGCUGCCCUAGCCGUGUGCCCGGCCGCCGCCCAAGCCUACUCCAAGUACUGCGGUAUUGUAUCAGGCUGCGAGAAUGCAAACACAAGGGAAGGGCUGGUUGAGCUUUCACGGACUAUUGAUAAUAUGGAAGGAAUGAGGGAUGGAAUAUUUGGUGAUAUUCAAAAGCUCAUGUCAGUCCUUGAGUUAGAUGAUGCGCGCCAAUUCAGUAAUUUCUAUGAUUUUGUCUUCUUCAUUUCUCGUGAAAAUGGCCAAAAGAAUAUUACUGUUCAGAAGGCUGUUGCGGCAUGGAGGAUAGUCCUUAUUGGGAGGUUUCGAUUGCUGGACCGGUGGUGUAACUUUGUUGAGAAGUACCAACGUCACAACAUAUCUGAGGAUGCCUGGCAGCAGCUGCUAGCUUUCAGCAGGUGUGUAAACGAGGACCUGGAAGGUUAUGAUCCAAAAGGUGCUUGGCCUGUUAUAAUUGAUGAUUUUGUGGAGUAUAUGCACAGAAUUUAUCGCCCUGGUGACUGCUCCAGUGCAAUGGCAUCACAAUGCAGUAUUUCCAAUACAUUCAGAGAAUGUCGUGUAACAGGACUAAAUCUAUUACCUGGAUCAAAGAGGAAAUGCCCUACUCAGUUUAACUCCAGUGAAGAUAAUGUAGAGCUUUCAGAUGUUCCUAGACACUCUCUCCAUCUUACACCAUUGAAGCGUCUGAAGGAAAGUUCCGUCUCCACUAAAAGUGGUGUUUCGGAGUGCAAUGCAGGUACCCCUUUCCUUAACAGUUCAUCAGAUUGUCGCGAGGAUACAAAUUUACACAACUCAAGAGGCUGGCUUCAGAACUCACCUUGUAUAGUUGAGGAUAGUUUGGCAAAAGGGUUUGAAGGUUGCAUUUCAAUGAAGUGCUCAUUCUGCUAGAUCAGGAAUGCAUGGUGGAAUCAUUUAUGACAGCUCUUAAACUAUAUAUUUCUACUUGCGUCAACACCAUCCUGUACUUAGUCAAUUUUCAGUGGUGAUAUUAUUUUGUACCCAAACACUGAUGUUAUACAUAACUGUGUUCUCCUGCUGUUAUUGAAGAUGUCUGUUUGUUCGUUGGUC